GAGUCCUAACCACUGUGCCACCGAUGCAUUAGUUAUUCAUAAUCGUUUUUUUCCAAAUUACUCACUUCUGUUUCGGACGUGCCUGAUUAGUCGAUAGGGAUUUGUCAAGGUAUUUUUCAGGCAGUUUUGUUUUGGGCUCCUAUAGUUUAAUGUUCAGAGGGUCACUGAUGAUUCUUCUGUUUGGUGUACCAGUCAUCGGAAUUCAUUAAUCCUUUUCUUCUCGGUUGAUGUGGUCACAGUUUAUUUGGCCAACAUUCAUUCCUAUAUUAAGUAUAGUGUAAUUUCGGUUCUCUAGAGAAUUUCGACAAGUCUGCUGGUUUUGUCCCAAAUUUUAGGGAAUUCUUCUGGAUAGGAAAGACGUUGGGGACAUCACUCGUACCAAAUUCCCAUGAAACUUCAUGAACUCUCUUACAAAUUGCCGCGCCUGGGCAGCGAUGAUUCGAGACGUUCAUGAAGCCGGCUCAUCCUCCCGUAGGAGAUAGCCGAAGUAAAGUAAAAGUAAAGUAAGUAAAGACGUUGCCAUACAUUCUUGUUUUUAUUAAUAUAGAAAUUACUAUAUUAUUAGUUUACUUGGUGUAGACGGGUAGCUAACAUAUCAUGAGGUUCGGAAACACUCGGGGUUGGUUAGUAAAAUUUGUCAUUAAUGCGUGACGUUAUAGUCGUUUUGCCACGCAUAGGGGGAAUAGAUUGCUGGAUUGGAGUCCUCAGCAUGAUAAGGACCAAUAUUUGGAGAUAGUUGGCGACAUGGUUCAGAAUAGUGUUCAAUGAAAAGGAAACACUAAGUCUGUAGUUUCCCAGAUCCCCAUGUCUUUCCUCGGUACUAUUCUUUCUCCCUUACAUUUCCGCUCAUUUAAGCCUUCCUCAUUCUUUUUUAACUUUGUGUGCUUCAUAAAGUUCUGCAACCUGAAUUGCUGCACUCUGUGGUAUGUUCUUUGUGGAAACAACCAAUAAUUAAACGGUUACUAAUCUAAAUCACGGCUGAGCAGUAGAACUUAAUCAUUUGACUUUUGGUGAUAAAUCUUUGACUAGGAUAGCCAAGGUAAUGUUUAUUGCAUGGCACCGUAAUGUAUUUCCAUUACACUAGUGUAGAUCUUCGACAAGAAUGGAAAAUAACUAUCCUGUGAUAUUAUAUGUAUAUAUAUCUAUCCCAAGCUUACAAUAAUGCUUAAUUAGAUCUCGCCAACUUUGAAGUAACCCUAAAAUUCUGUAAUGGGUAAAUUCUGAAAUGGUUUUAUUAUGCGCCCAGACUAGAACCCAUUGCUGGUUUUCAGCAAGACUGGAACUAAUUCAGCCCCCUGUUCUUUUUCUAGGCAUUUUCAGAAGUGGCUCAGAACCUAGUGGGUUUGCUAAUCAGCGUUGUUUCAGCCCUCUCAGCCCAGAUUCAUCACUGAUUGGCAUUAGUUCAGAACACUUCUUCAGCUCUAUUUCAGCACUGAAGGCGUUAUUUCAGCUGCAAAUCCUAUUUUUAAGGUUUCGUCGACUAAACUAAGUCCCCACUGCUCUUUUUAAGAACGACCACAGUCAUUUUAGUACAUAGUGGAUUCAUUUUAGUUAGAUAAAAUAUCUGUGUACCCCAUGAAAAGGCAUUAUCGACGCAUAGGUUUGAAUUAGUUUAGAAUUAUUGUAAGCUUGGGUACUAAAAUGCUGACGUUUUUAAAGAACAUAUUCACAUAUCCCUGCCACCAUCGUAAUUGUAGUAGUUUUUCCCCAUAAAAAUUUCAUUCCACGAGUAGUGUACAUAAAGCAGACGAUAUAUAGUGUUCUCUCAUUGACACUAGACAUGGAGUUCGGAAUGUACAUAGGUAAUUUGAAGCCAUUGGUUCAUUUAUGUUGAAUAUCCGUGAUCCUAGCAACUAGGGUAGAAUUUUUAGUAGUUUAUGUAUAGAAGUACCGUAUACAAUUGCCUCAACUUAUAUUAAUUAUUGAUGUCUAGUCUCAAUUUAAGUGAUAAUAAGAUCACUGAACGAACUGUUAUAUAGCCAUUCAUUACCUGAAGUCUUUAUGUUCAUUUAGUUUCUUUAGUUUAAUACAGAGCUUUUUGUCGUUGUAGCAGACCGUCCUUGUUUCGAAAUUGGAUUUCCUGCAGGGAUUUCUUUUAUGUCAAUCCAGUUUGCAUGAAUGGUAGAACAAGAGCAUGCGUCAAAAAAUCUUCCUGUCCUUUUUUGCAAAAACGGUCAGGCAUUUUAUGCAAGCACUUGGUGGAGUGUAGUAAUCCGUUCGUUGCAUUCGAUCAUAUAAAAGUUCAACGAAAUGAUUCAACAAGCUUGCAUUCGCAUAUCGGUGUUCAGCUUAUUACCUACUUGGUGGAUGGGGUUUUCAAAACUCCCGUUUCUUCAUGGAACUCUCCUACACUAGAGUUUACUAGGUUUGAGUCUGAAUUGUGUCAUAUGGAAACAUUUGUUAAUGAUGUUAAUCACGACUCAGCAGAAUUAUUUAAAGUUUGGAUCCACUGCAAACCUUCUGUAUCAAUGGAUUAUUCACACCAUGGUUCACAACUCUAUACAUUAGAUGAUUUUACCGUAUUACGAAAGGAGGACAAUAGCGCUGAGCUGCGCAUACUUUCGGGUUCAGUUUCAGGUGUCUCUGGACCUAUUGAGACUGAUCCACCAAUUUGUUUCGUUGAUUUAUGCCUACAACAUUCAUCAUCCCAGUGUACUACUUAUUGCUUACCAUUGUCUGAAGAAUAUGAAACAGCCUUUGUCUACAUCUGGAAUUCAUCGGACAGGAAGAAUUCCGUUCUAAAUAUUGUUUCAGAUGUAUCCAACGAAUCAACUUCAUUAGCUAUGCAUGAAUUCGCUGUUCUAAACUGUGUUGGAAAUCUCGUGAAAAUUAAAUUGCACAAUAACGUCAAUUUUUGUCGUGUAAUUAUUUUAGCUGGAAAACAGAUCGAGUUACCUAAUUCGUCCAAUUUUGCACAAAACGCUUUUUACGAAUUCAGUGAUCCAGAUGCACGAAAAGAGAUUUUGCCAAAUAGUGAAGAAAAUGACAAACACCGACCUUAUAGGCUAUUUUUGUUGUAUUCAUCGUUUCAGGAUACAAUAAUUUUAAAGUUAUUGCCAGCUAUCCCAAGAAUAUUUAGCGGUCUUUCUUUAGUUGGAAUAAUAUUUGGCUUGUAUCAUUACAUCUGUGGGACGCAUUCACCCUUUUUUGUACAGUAUAGUUUACUCUAUGGCAAGGUGAAACCUGCAUAUUGUGAAGCUUUCGAGUGUUUAAGAGUUCCUAAAAGGUGGUUUAAAUACUUUUACGUCACCGGUGUAUGUUUUACUUGUUUUGCCCUACUGAUUGAACUUUUCGUGAUAUCAUCGCAUAAAACUAUUGUCUGUAUGUUAACCCUAUAUCUGAUACAUGUUUCACGUCGAUUGUAUGAAUGUACACAUGUUUCUAUAUUCAGCAAUUCUCUAAUGAGUUUUAUGCAAUUCUUGGUUGGAAUCGCCUUCUAUAUUGCUGCUCCUAUAGGAAUUUCACUUUCACGAAGUCAUGCAGUUGAACGAUCAAAUUUAAUCAUUGUAUUAUUCAGUCUACACAUACUGGUACUUCAGUAUUUACAAGAUUUGGUCUUCCAGCAAUUGGCUGCUUUGCGUACAAAUAAAAAUGAAAACACAGAUAAGCUAAUUGAAAACAAGUAUUAUCCACCCGAAGGGAGUAUGUUUUAUUGGGUAUCAUGUCCGCAUUAUAUACUAGAAAUAUCUCUCUAUUUGUCAUGGCAAGUUUUUCUUACACCAAAGUGGAUACCAUUUUCACAUAUUUUAUUUUUUACAACAUUCAGUCAAUUAUUUUCUAUUUGGGCUAAUCAUAACUGGUAUAAAAAGAAUUUUCCUGAAUGGGCAUCAAAACGUGCUAUGCUAAUCCCAUAUGUUUUGUGA